CCGAUUCCUUCCUUCUCCCUAGAGUGGCCAACCAUGUCCACCAUAGUCAAUGUGGAUUCCCUUGCGGAAUAUGAGAAGAGCCAGAUCAAGAGAGCCCUGGAGCUGGGGACGGUGAUGACUGUGUUCAGCUUCCGCAAGUCCACCCCUGAGCGGAGGACCGUCCAGGUGAUCAUGGAGACGCGGCAGGUGGCCUGGAGCAAGACCGCUGACAAGAUCGAGGGCUUCUUGGAUAUCAUGGAAAUAAAAGAAAUCCGCCCAGGGAAGAACUCCAAAGAUUUCGAGCGAGCAAAAGCCGUUCGCCAGAAAGAAGACUGCUGCUUCACCAUCCUGUAUGGCACUCAGUUUGUCCUCAGCACGCUCAGCUUGGCAGCUGACUCUAAAGAAGAUGCAGUUAAUUGGCUCUCUGGCUUGAAAAUCUUACACCAAGAAGCGAUGAAUGCGUCCACACCCACUAUUAUCGAGAGUUGGCUGAGAAAGCAGAUAUAUUCUGUGGAUCAAACCAGAAGAAACAGCAUCAGUCUCCGAGAGUUGAAGACCAUCUUGCCCCUGAUCAACUUUAAAGUGAGCAGUGCCAAGUUCCUUAAAGAUAAGUUUGUGGAAAUAGGAGCACACAAAGAUGAGCUCAGCUUUGAACAGUUCCAUCUCUUCUAUAAAAAACUUAUGUUUGAACAGCAAAAAUCGAUUCUUGAUGAAUUCAAAAAGGAUUCGUCCGUGUUCAUCCUGGGGAACACUGACAGGCCGGAUGCCUCCGCCGUUUACCUGCAUGACUUCCAGAGGUUUCUCAUACAUGAACAGCAGGAGCAUUGGGCUCAGGAUCUGAACAAAGUCCGUGAGCGGAUGACAAAGUUCAUUGAUGAUACCAUGCGUGAAACUGCUGAGCCUUUCUUGUUUGUGGAUGAGUUCCUCACAUACUUGUUUUCACGAGAAAACAGCAUCUGGGAUGAGAAGUAUGAUGCGGUGGACAUGCAGGAUAUGAACAACCCCCUGUCUCAUUACUGGAUCUCCUCGUCUCAUAAUACGUACCUCACAGGUGACCAGCUGCGGAGCGAGUCAUCCCCGGAAGCUUACAUCCGCUGCCUGCGCAUGGGCUGUCGCUGCAUUGAACUGGACUGCUGGGACGGGCCCGAUGGGAAGCCGGUCAUCUACCACGGCUGGACGCGGACCACCAAGAUCAAAUUUGACGACGUCGUGCAGGCCAUCAAAGACCACGCCUUUGUUACCUCGAGCUUCCCAGUGAUCCUGUCCAUUGAGGAGCACUGCAGCGUGGAACAGCAGCGUCACAUGGCCAAGGCCUUCAAGGAAGUGUUUGGCGACCUGCUGCUGAUGAAGCCCACGGAGGCCAGCGCUGACCAGCUGCCCUCACCCAGCCAGCUGCGGGAGAAGAUCAUCAUCAAGCAUAAGAAGCUGGGCCCCCGAGGUGACGUGGAUGUCAACGUGGAGGACAAGAAGGAUGAGCACAAGCAACAGGGAGAGCUGUACAUGUGGGAUUCCAUUGACCAGAAAUGGACUCGGCACUACUGCGCCAUCGCCGAUGCCAAGCUGUCCUUCAGUGAUGACAUUGAACAGACUAUGGAGGAGGAAGCGCCCCAGGAUAUACCCCCCACAGAGCUACAUUUUGGGGAGAAAUGGUUCCACAAGAAGGUAGAGAAGAGGACGAGUGCCGAGAAGUUGCUGCAGGAAUACUGCAUGGAGACGGGGGGCAAGGAUGGCACCUUCCUGGUUCGGGAGAGCGAGACCUUCCCCAAUGACUACACCCUGUCCUUCUGGCGGUCAGGCCGGGUCCAGCACUGCCGGAUCCGCUCCACCAUGGAGGGCGGGACCCUGAAAUACUACCUGACUGACAACCUCACCUUCAGCAGCAUCUAUGCCCUCAUCCAGCACUACCGCGAGACGCACCUGCGCUGCGCCGAGUUCGAGCUGCGGCUCACGGACCCUGUGCCCAACCCCAACCCCCAUGAGUCCAAGCCGUGGUACUAUGACAGCCUGAGCCGUGGAGAGGCAGAGGACAUGCUGAUGAGGAUUCCCCGGGACGGAGCCUUCCUGAUCCGGAAGCGAGAGGGAAGCGACUCCUACGCCAUCACCUUCAGGGCUAGGGGCAAGGUGAAGCACUGUCGCAUCAACCGGGACGGCCGGCACUUUGUGCUGGGGACCUCCGCCUAUUUUGAGAGCCUCGUGGAGCUCGUCAGUUACUACGAGAAGCAUUCACUCUACCGAAAGAUGAGACUGCGCUACCCCGUGACCCCCGAGCUCCUGGAGCGCUACAAUAUGGAAAGAGACAUAAACUCCCUCUACGAUGUCAGCAGAAUGUAUGUGGAUCCCAGUGAAAUCAAUCCGUCCAUGCCUCAGAGAACGGUGAAAGCUCUGUAUGACUACAAAGCCAAGCGAAGCGAUGAGCUGAGCUUCUGCCGUGGUGCCCUCAUCCACAAUGUCUCCAAGGAGCCCGGGGGCUGGUGGAAAGGAGACUAUGGAACCAGGAUCCAGCAGUACUUCCCAUCCAACUACGUCGAGGACAUUUCAACUGCAGAUGUCGAGGAGCUAGAAAAGCAGAUUAUUGAAGACAAUCCCUUAGGGUCUCUUUGCAGAGGAAUAUUGGACCUCAAUACCUAUAACGUUGUGAAAGCCCCUCAGGGAAAAAACCAGAAGCCCUUUGUCUUUAUCCUGGAGCCCAAGAAGCAGGGCGAUCCUCCGGUGGAGUUUGCCACAGACAGGGUGGAGGAGCUCUUUGAGUGGUUUCAGAGCAUCCGAGAGAUCACCUGGAAGAUUGACACCAAGGAGAACAACAUGAAGUACUGGGAGAAGAACCAGUCCAUCGCCAUCGAGCUCUCUGACCUGGUUGUCUACUGCAAACCAACCAGCAAAACCAAGGACAACUUAGAAAAUCCUGACUUCCGAGAAAUUCGCUCCUUUGUGGAGACAAAGGCUGACAGCAUCAUCAGACAGAAGCCCGUCGACCUCCUGAAGUACAAUCAAAAGGGCCUGACUCGUGUCUACCCAAAGGGACAAAGAGUUGACUCUUCAAACUACGACCCCUUCCGCCUCUGGCUGUGCGGUUCUCAGAUGGUGGCACUCAAUUUCCAGACACCAGAUAAGUACAUGCAGAUGAAUCACGCGUUGUUUUCUCUCAAUGGGCGCACGGGCUACGUUCUGCAGCCUGAGAGCAUGAGGACAGAGAAAUAUGACCCGAUGCCACCUGAGUCCCAGAGGAAGAUCCUGAUGACGCUGACGGUCAAGGUUCUCGGUGCUCGCCAUCUCCCCAAACUUGGACGAAGUAUUGCCUGUCCCUUUGUAGAGGUGGAGAUCUGUGGAGCCGAGUAUGACAACAACAAGUUCAAGACGACGGUUGUGAAUGAUAAUGGCCUCAGCCCUAUCUGGGCUCCAACACAGGAGAAGGUGACGUUUGAAAUUUAUGACCCAAACCUGGCAUUUCUGCGCUUCGUGGUUUACGAAGAAGACAUGUUCAGCGAUCCCAACUUUCUUGCCCAUGCCACUUACCCCAUUAAAGCAAUCAAAUCAGGAUUCAGGUCCGUUCCUCUGAAGAAUGGGUACAGCGAGGACAUAGAACUGGCUUCCCUCCUGGUUUUCUGUGAGAUGCGGCCAGUACUGGAGAGCGAAGAGGAACUUUACUCCUCCUGUCGCCAGCUGAGGAGGCGGCAAGAAGAACUGAACAACCAGCUCUUUCUGUAUGACACACACCAGAACUUGCGCAAUGCCAACCGGGAUGCCCUGAUUAAAGAGUUCAAUGUUAAUGAGAACCAGCUUCAGCUGUACCAAGAGAAAUGCAACAAGAGGUUAAGAGAGAAGAGAGUCAGCAACAGCAAGUUUUAUUCAUAGAAGCUGGGGUAUGUGUGUAACGGUAUUGUGUGUGUGCACAUGUGUGUUUGCAUGUAGGAGAAUGUUCCCUAUUCACACUCUGGGAAGACGCUAAUCUGUGACAUCUUUUCUUCAAGCCUGCCAUCAAGGACAUUUCUGAAGACCCAACUGGCAUGAGUUGGCGUAAUUUCCUAUUAUUUUCAUCUUGGACAACUUUCUUAACUUAUAUUCUUUACAGAGGAUUCCCCAAAAUGUGCUCGUUUUUGGCCUCUCAUGUUCCAAACCUCAUUGAAUAAAAGCAAUGAAAACCUUGA